UGGUUGGAUUGCAUGAGUACCAAGUUUUUUCAUAUAUAAAUCAUUUUAUGCUACAUAAAAAAGCACGAAAUAAAUACGAAAACCAUUAAUUUAGCGUUCUCUGUUUUGUAUUGUACACGUUGGCUCUGUUGUUGCUUUGUAAUUUGAUCUUUGAUCCCAACAACUGUAGUAAAGCUCAACGAAAUGUCAAGUCACAGUGCUUCAUGCUCAAGAGACAUUUCAGUCGACCUAACCGAUGCCUUUCGAAGUAUGAUACUGAACAAGCGUUUCGUCUUGUGGGAUGAUUUUGAAAGCGCCUUAAAAGAGUUCCAAAAAGUAUGGAAUUAUAGUUUUAUCGCUUCUCAGACUACUUAUACUCGUUACAUCCACACAGAAAGCAGAUUGCUGAAGGAUGUCAGGUUCAAAUACCUGUUUGUAUCGUUUAAUUGUACGUUUGGUCAUAAGAGGAAAUCGGAAGGUUUGAAAGUGAGGCAAAAAUCGUCUAAAUUCCGUAAUUGUCGAUCUAAAUUUCGUGUAAGACUAGAGGAGCAAGGAUAUGUCAUCAAAUCCUACAACAUGCUCCACAAUCAUCCAUGUAGUAGUUCAUGGAUGGUAUGUGAUCCAUUGACAAGGAGAUUAUCGUCAGAAGAAAAAGAGAACUUGAAGCCCGUAAUACUUCACUGUGAGUCAGCAGAUGAAGUUAUCGAAAGCAUUAAGGAGAGAACUGGUAAGCAAGUAACUGCUGCCGAUGUCAAAGGUAUGAAAGCUACACUCUCCACUGGUUGUUUUACUCGGAACCAGGUAAUGGAUAUGCUUAGACAGAGAGGCGAAGUGAAGGAACAUUUAGAAAAUGGAUAUGCCACUAGAAUAUGUUUCAGUAGUUCUAACCAAAUACAACUGUACAGAAAAUAUCCAGAAGUUGUGUGCAUUGAUUCUACGUAUAAUACUAAUAAUAAAAAGUGAAUAUGUUUAUCCUUGUAUUUUACUAUGUAGAUAUUCCUUAUUCCAGUUAGUAGUGACGGAUAAUUGCGGUCGAGGUAGAACUGUAAUGUUUGCAUGGACUCGAAGGGAAAAACGUGCUGAUGUUAUAUGGAUUCUAGAUCAAUUCAAAGAGAUAAUGGGGGAUACAAUGUUGACUGAAACAUUUGUGAUGGACUGCGCAAGAUGUGAAAGCGCGGCUGUCCGUAUGACACACGGACAUGCAAACAUAAUUUUGUGCGCCUUUCAUGUAAUUCGCGCUUUCCGGAAAAAG